GGUGGAGAGCGGACUGUUUUCUUUGUUAUUUUUAAACUCUUGCAAUUCGCACCUAUGACAGUGUUCACGGCGACCUGUGCCGCUUCAAAUCCCCGAUGCACUCGAAAGCAGCGAGAAGAUUUUCACCGGAGAUUUUUUUUUGCAGUGGCAUAAGUAGAGGUCUGGAUCUAAUUGUUGUGUGGUGUGGGCUCCACGGGGACGUGGUGUAUGGACGCUGUGACUAUGAGCGUAAGCGACAAGGGGGGCUACUUGGUGGACCUGGGAGGCAGCUUCACUGAGGAUGCCCCCAGACCUCCAGUCCCUGGGGAAGAAGGUGAGCUAGUGUGCAGUGAUGGACGCCAGCACAGCAACCUUGUCUACCCCUCCAAGAAUGAGAGUCUCAAAAGUGAGACGUCUGUCGCCACACCCAGACGACCUGACCUGGAUCUGGGCUAUGAGCCAGAGGGCAGUGCUUCCCCCACACCCCCCUACUUGAAGUGGGCCGAAUCUCUCCACUCCCUCCUGGAUGACCAGGAUGGCAUCCACCUGUUUAGGACGUUCCUCAAGCAGGAGGAGUGUGCCGAUAUGUUAGACUUCUGGUUUGCAUGCAGUGGCUUCCGCAAACUUGAGGCUAAUGAGGGUAACGAGGAAAAGAAGGUAAAACUGGCAAAAGCCAUCUAUAAGAAAUACAUCCUGGACAACAAUGGAAUUGUUUCCAGACAGAUCAAACCAGCCACCAAGUGCUUCAUCAAAGACUGUGUGAUGAAGCUGCACAUUGAUCCAGCUAUGUUUGACCAGGCUCAGACUGAGAUUCAGACUAUGAUGGAGGAAAACACCUACCCUUUAUUUCUGAAGUCUGACAUAUAUUUGGAAUAUACCCGGACAGGGGGAGAGAGUCCCAAGCUAUACAGCGAUCAGAGUUCUGUUUCUGGGAAUGGAAAAGGUUUAUCGGGGUACCUGCCGACACUAAACGAAGACGAGGAAUGGAAAUGUGACCAAGAGCUUGAGGAGCACCCUGAGUGUGACCCCACGCCGAGCAACCGGCUCACUGAGAAGUUGCUAAUGGAGACGGCACCAAAGCGCGUUACCAACAGUACGAGAUUCCAGGACAGUCAGGAGUACAGAAAUGCACCAUGGCGGGAGCCCAUCAACCCGUACUAUGUCAACACUGGUCACGCCAUGGCUCCUGCCACCAGCGCCAACGAUAGUGAGCAGCAGAGCAUGUCUAGCGACGCAGACACGCUCUCCCUCACCGACAGCAGUGUAGAUGGGGUUCCACCCUACAGAUACCGCAAACAGCAUCGCCGGGAGAUGCACGAAAGUGCCAAAGCAAAUGGGCGAGUGCCACUACCUCAUAUUCCACGCACAAACCGGAUACCAAAGGACAUUCACGUGGAGCCGGAGAGGUUUGCCGCAGAGCUCAUCAGCAGACUGGAGGGAGUCCUGAGGGAGAGGGAGGCGCAAGAGAAGCUGGAGGAGCGGCUGAAGAGAGUACGACUGGAGGAGGAGGGUGAUGAUGUCGACAUUUCCACAGGCACAUCGCUGUCCGGUCACAGGCUCCCCCCUGGUGCUUAUCCCCAGCAUUACAACUUGCGCUAUGCUGACAUUACCUACAGUGGUCCUCUGCUGAGAGACGCUCAUGAGGAAAACCCCGAGAGCAUCCUGGACGAUCACGUCCAGCGGGUCAUGAAGACUCCUGGCUGCCAGUCGCCAGGAACAGGCCGCCAUUCCCCCAAGUCGCGCUCACCAGAAGGUUUCCCAGGCAGCAAAAUGAUUGGACUUGGAGUGCCACUGUCCUCAGGUCAGGGCAAACAUCCAGCAAGACAUGGCCCCAAGGGAGAGACCAGUCACCUGUACCACCACAAACAUGUGCACCACAUCCACCACACAGGUGGGGGGAAGCCCAAAGAGCAGGUGGAGGCUGAGGCAGCCAUGCGUGUGCACAACAGCUUUCCCUGGGGUAUGGAGCCGAAUCAUUAUGGGUCAAAGUCGCGCAGCUAUGCUGAUGGCGUAGCUUCAAACCCACUGGAACCUAUGGGUUACAGUAGCAAAGUUGGGACACAAUGUAAAAGAGCAUUCAAGAAAGGUGAGGAAGUGCGGCCCUAUGACAUGCCACUGCCUCCGGAGGAGAUGGAGAGAAACCAGAAGAUCCUUUUGUGGAUGAUGGAGGGAGAGAAGGAGACAGUUCGCCAUAAGAGGAGUCCAUAUGGGAGCACCACGGGGUCAAAGAAGACCACAGGCCACGAGGGGUCUCGGCUGGGCUCGGCAGAGCGAUCAGGAUCGGCACACCCAUGGGUCAGCGCUCAGCUGCGGAACAACGUGCAGCCAUCACACCCGUUCAUCCAGGAUCCCACCAUGCCUCCCAACCCAGCCCCCAACCCCCUCACCCAGUUGGAGGAGGCGCGCCGACGCCUGGAGGAGGAGAAGAUCAAGUCUGGAGCCUUCCAACACAAGCAAAGGUAUGUGAUGGAGGUGAUCCAGAGGGGUCGCACCGCUGUCAGGCCCGCACUGUUCCCUCCGCUGAGCGUGGUGCCCGCCGUUUCUGACAGUGAGCUCUCCGAGUCUGAACACAAAGCGCCUAAAAAGCAGCCUUGUGACAACAUUACCGUGGCGUAUUACUUCUGUGGAGAGCCGAUACCAUACAGGACGUCUGUCAGAGGGAGGAUCGUCACGCUGGGCCAGUUCAAGGAGCUGUUAACAAAGAAAGGGAGUUACAGGUAUUAUUUCAAGAAGGUGAGCGACGAGUUUGACUGCGGGGUGGUGUUCGAAGAGGUACGAGAAGAUGACGCUAUCUUGCCCAUCUUCGAGGAGAAGAUCAUCGGGAAAGUUGAAAAAAUUGAUUGAAGCGAAUGUUGAAGAGGAAGGAGUCCAAAAGAAGUCGGUGUGUAACGGAGCGAGGAGCUGUCGGACGGCGAUGAGGAAGUGUUAAAAAUGGAAGAGCGGAGCGGCAGAACAGAAGGUGUUGCAGUAGAAACGGAUCGAGGGUUGAAAAGCAAAGUGGCGAGGAGGGCCGUGCAGUGGGCACUGUGGGCGACGUGUGACUUCUGAGGCUGUGUAGUCCCUUAAAUGUGCUCAGUGCCGCUGCAGCGACAUUGGACUAGAAGAGAAGACCUCAUUCACUUCUUUGUCCGGAGUGUAAUGUAGCAAUGUAAAGUUUGACUAGAUAAAUGAACUACAAAACUGCUACUAAAGCUGCAUAUUUUUGAUAUGAUGUAUCAGAAGGUAUCCUUUCUAAAGUAACCACACUUGUAAUUUUUAUAUGUAUUGGUACCAGAUGUGUACAGUUUGUCUGUUUAAAAAAAAAAAAUAACAAAAUUUUAUAUCUAUUUAAGUAUUUAAAUAUGCUGUCAUUUUCAGUCCUAUUGAAAUUGAGGCAGGAGUGCCGUCCCUGUUCAACAUGAUCGCAAUCUUUAACAGGGCUGAAUUCUUUUUUUUUUCUUUUUUUUAAUUUAAUUAAUACAUUGCAACAGGCCUUGAGCUGUAAUGUCCAUGCUCCAGCAAGUGCUUUUAUUAACACUCAGCCAAUUAGUACUUUGAAUGUGGCAUUCAGUCAGGCUGCACUUUUCACUGUAUUAUACUGUACAUCACUGACUAUGUUUGCAUGUAAGCUCCAACUUGCUUCCCCAGGUCAUCGAACACUGCAUGUAAAUGUAGCCGAUAGCUAUGUUUGCCUACAGUCUUCCACCGCAUUGUCUCUACCCAACCCUGUUGAAGCUGUAAGAAAACUGCCUUGGAUCAAAUCAUGUGCGUGAGGAAAUCGUGUUCUUCCCAGCAGUUUACGAAAGCACACCGUCCAGUUGUAUCUGGGCGCGCACUUUCUGUUGUUGCCCCUUACGAGUUUUAUUUCUAAUUAGGAAUUGAAUAGUUCAUGAAUCUUUCCUCAUUUUUAAUCACAGCAGAUGCAAGAAUACGUUGAAGGAACACUCAACAUUUUGGGCAAAAUAUCCUUUUUCUGAUUUAUCCAGACUGAGACAAGAUGUUUGAUACCAGUUUGGUAACAUUUGUACAUCCAGUGGCUCAAUUCCUAUCGGUAGCAUUUCAUUUUAGCUUAGCAUAAAGACUUGAAGUCUAUGGGAGUCAUUAGCUUUGCUCCAUCAAAGU